AAAGCACCGUUACUUUCGACGCCAUGUUAAAGUUAAUUUAAAGUUACAAUGUUUAGCAAUAGCUUGUAAAAUACUUAGUACUAUCAAUUUUAUGCCUAAUGCAGUAGAUAUGAUGAACUUAAAUUUAUAUGAGGACAACAUCCUAAAUUACUGCUGGAAAGCGGGAAGUCGCAAAACGCGGAACUCGGCGCUUGCCCAACUCGAUAGGAAUGAGCUCGCAGUUGUGGAUUUGGUCGCCUGCUGCAAGAAAAUCACUGAAUUAAUUGAGAAGAAUACAUUAAAAACACGAUCAAAUGUUUUGGCUAAGAAAAACAAACAAAAUGUUCUUUUUAAGGGCAUUUCCCGCUUGUUUUUCGGCGUUACGGAUAUUUUUAGAUGCAAGGUGGAUCAACUUUUGGGGGAUACGAAACUAUUACUUGAUCAAUGUACACGUACCAACUUGGAUUACGUUCGCACCACCACAAAAUCUUCAGUGGUCAACAAAUCUGAGAUUCAAAUCCAACGCAAAAGAAAGCAGGUAAUCACCAAAAAAUUUAAAGUAACAGAGUCGAAGCGUGCCAGACAGCAAGAAUCGGAGCUGUUGGAUGAGUACGCACAUGACUACUUCGAAAAGAUGCUAUCGGAAUGCCAGAUGUGGCUCUUGGAUUGUAAACAACACGGGGAGGAGGAAUCCAACGAGUCUAUUGAACUACACCGAAGCUGUACGAAGUCGAAAUCGUAUCAUUCCAUUACAAUCACCGAAAAGAUUGAAUUUCUCGAGGAUCAUAGCGUUAUUAUGCCAUCAAAUGGUUUUGGGGAAACCGAAGGGGCUGAUCUAACCAUUUUUCAAGAACUUUACCCCAAAGACGCCACAAGGAACUCCUUAAAGCGUCACUCAACAACUGAGGAUCCAACUGACAUUUUACCAGAUAAAAUGCCUAAAUUGGAUGAUGGGAAAAUUUUCCAAGCUGACAAUGCUAUAAUGACCAAAAUUUUACAGCAUAACAUUGAACCAGCUAAAGUAACUCAAAUAGUUUGCGAACCGUUCUUGCCUGCAGUUUUGAGUUCUUUUGUAGAAAUCAAAUUUAGCAAGCCAAUGAAUCGGAAAAGAAAGCUUAUAGUAGACAAACACAUUGAAUAUACUCGGGAGCAGCUGGGGAAGCAUAGAAAGAAAUAUAUGGAUGAGUUCAUUUUAAAAGCAGUGAAUUUGCCAAAACCGUUGGAUUUACCGAAACCCCCCAGUAAACUUUUCCGUAAAGUGAAUAAUAAUGUAACUUGUUCACCUCUUCGCAACAACUUGGGCCCUAAGCUCAGUAUAAAAGAAAUGGAAUACGAGGCUGAAAAUACACUAAGAACCAUAUUUGGCGGCAAGUUUACCGAGAACCUUUCCAAGGAGAUAUUUGUACGACCUUUUCGGGCUAAAAAGUGCAAGGAUAAAAAAGCAUAUAUAUAUCAGCCUGAACCGGAUGAAGUGGAUUUUUUGCAACCUGAACUGCAGCAGCCUGAUGUCAAUUCCAUAAUUCAUAAUAACAAAAUGAAUAAGCAUAUGCCGUGCUGUGAGAAUAAUCACGCUCAUACCUACAGCGUAAUGAUGAGUCUCUUAAACAUUUGGCGUAAUAAUCCGAAUAUUACGGGAAUCGAUGCCUUUGAUUUUAUAAAAACGUUUGCGAGUCGCAUCCAAGCUUCGUUAGCAUUUCUCCAUUUGUUGUAUCUUGAAUUUCAGAUCUCGUUCGAGACCAUUUUAUAAAGAUAUCAAAGCGAGCUAACUCGCUUGAAAUGGACCAAAUUACUCUUGGCAAAGAGUCCGCUAAGUUAAUAGACAAUCUUACGCUGAGUGAGAUUUUCUGAUUAAGUGUAGAUAAUGGGUUUCAAGAUUAGCAAACCUAUUUUGUAGUUGUUAAGUUGGUCAAAGAUGUUCCACAUUAUGUUUAUGUAUUGUUCUCACCUACAGUUGCGUAUUUUUUGUUACUAUUGUGUUAAAGUAGUUAUAAGUUAAGCAUAUUUCUAACACAAUGGCUUUAAUCUACUUAAUUUCCGUUCGUCCUUUUUGUAAAGUUGAGUAAGGAGAAUUAAACGAUUUUUUAAUAUACAUACUAUAAAGCCUGCCCCCGUCUAAAAUAAAAUAUGUAUUUUCCAUUGUCAUUUUAACUUUUAGAUUUUCAUUGUACCCAUUAAAACACGUUAAUUAUCUUUGUUACUAUUACGGUAUCGUAGCUAUAAUUCAUUAACAGUUGGGGUAAUUCUCUAAACCGUAAGUGUUGUCUUCCUUACAAAAUCCUAAUAUCUCUGACAACACCAAAA